GGCAGAAGUUCAGAACACAAACACACACACUUUGCCUCCAGCUGAGUUUGAAUAGGAGUGGCACCGAACAGAGAGAAAAGUGUUUUUGGCUCAGUAGGUUGGAGAAGGGUGUGGUUAGCAGCCUCCAAAAACUCUCCUCUGCUGCCGUUUGUUUGCAGUGUGCACCAGAGGGACCGCGGGCCCGGUGCGGACAGGUGGAGAUCAGACAGCGUCACUGAUGCGCCUCUCCUCUGCGCGCAGGAGUUCCCCACCCGAUAGCUUCCUCCUCAGAGUCGGUUUAACUGUUGCUUCCUGGUCAAAAUGAGUUAUUACGGGUCCCAAAACGCCCUGAACAUGAGCCGUAGAAUCGGGUCCAAAGGCGACCUGACUGGCGGUGGCACCUACCAGUACGCACGGAGCGAUGUCGUACACGGUGGUGGAGGCGGUAAUGGAUACGAACAAUACAUGGACGGAUACAACACCUACACCAUCUCGAGGACGUCUAUGGGUGGAAUGGCAGGCGGGAUGGCAGGCAGCAUCGGAGGCGGAUUGUCAGGUGGAAUGAGUGGCUCCAACCUCCACCAGAAGGCCAUGAUCCUGCAGGGCCAGUGCCAGGAGUACCUGAAGAAAGCCGAAUACGCCCUUCAGUCUGGCGCCGCCCCGGGUGAUGCAGAGCGCUACAUGGCGAUGGCUAAAGAGAUCAUAGAGCAGCUGAAGAGCUGUGCGAUGGACCUGAGACAGAUGGGACAACCGAAUGACAACGUAGUCAGAACUUUGGAGAUAUGUAAAGACCAGCUGAAGGGCGUCCACAUGGCCAUCAACGGCACCAUGCAGAGGAGGAGGAGCGCCAGAGGCAGCUCUGGAGCCUGGGAGGAGGUGGGAAGGAGCUUCCAUGAUGCUAUGGCCUGGAUUGCACAGCAUAAGCGUCUGAUUGAAACUUCUCCCUGGGGAGAUGAUUCUGCAGCCAUUGAGCAGCAGCUCAUCAGCCACCAGAAGUUUCACGGCUCCAUCCAGAGGAGCUCCGAGGUGGACCGAGCCCGCGACGAACUGAUUAAGAAAGGAGAUAAAGGAAAUCUUCACGCUCUGGACCAGGAGUGGGACAGUUUGCAGCAAAUGUCAUUUAGUCGGGCUCAGCAGCUGAGAGACCUCGAGCAGAUCAUUCAGGAAAUGUCCAAAGAAAUCAUGUGGGUGAACGACAGGGAGGAGGAGGAGCUGAUGUUUGACUGGGGAGACAAGAACAUCGACCAGUACAUCCCACGGAAGCAAGAGAGCUAUUCGAAACUGAUGAGUGCCCUGGAGGACAAAGAGAAGGACCUGAAUAAACUGAAAACCAAAGCGGAUAACAUGCUGAAGAACAACCACCCGGCCUCAGACAAGAUUGAGGCCUACAUGGACACCCUGCAGACUCAGUGGAGUUGGCUUCUUCAAAUUACCAAGUGCAUCGAUGUGCAUCUGAAGGAGAAUGCAGCAUACAGCCAGUUCUUUAAGGAGGCCAAUGAGACGUACAGUUCCCUGCAGAAGGAACACGAGAUGGUCCGUAAGAAGUUCACCUGCGACAAGAACACGUCACUGGAGAAUCUGGUGGAGCUCCUCAAGGCACUGGAGAAAGAGAGGGAGAAGAUUAUGGAAAACAAGAGGCAGGUUCAGCAUCUUGUCAACAAGUCCAGGAAAAUCGUGAGACUGAAACCCAGAAACCCAGAGGAGAAGAGCAGCAGCCCCGUCAUCGUCAAGGCCCUGUGUGACUUCAAACAAGACCAGAAGGUGAUCUGUAAGGACAACGAGGCCAUCCUGAAAGACAACAGUCAGCGCAGCAAGUGGGAGGUUACUGGCCCGGGAGGACUGGAUAUGUUGGUGCCCUCUGUGUGCCUGAUCGUACCACCUCCCAAUCCACUCAGCAUUAAUAUGGCCAGCAAGAACGACCAGUACUAUGAGGCCAUCCUGUCAAUCUGGAAUCAGCUGUACAUCAACGUGAAGAGUCUCAUCGCCUGGCAGUACUGUCUCAUUGAUAUCAAACACACCAACUCCCUCACCCUAACAAUGCUGGCCAAGAUGCGUCCUGAGGAGUACCGUCAAAUGAUCAAGAGCCUGGAGACUCACUACGAGGAGUUCAAACUGAGCAGCCAUGGCUCCCAGAUGUUUGCUGACGAAGACAAGAGGGGCAUUGAGAAACAGUUCAACGAAGCCCAGGCUCACUAUGAGGACCUGGUGGUGCAGCUGCCAACUUAUAUUGCACGUCAAGAACAAAUAGAAGCACAGCAAGCAGCCGAGCAGCAACAGCAAUAUCAGCUGAUUGUAAUACAGCAGCAGCAAGAGGAAGCCGAAAGACAGAAAGCAGAGCUGAAGAAAAAAACAGAAGUGAAGAAAGAGCAGGUGAUCAAGAAGGAUGUAGUGAAAGUGACCAAGACAGAGCCCGUGAAGAAGAAGAAGGUGGUGGUGUCCUCAUCCUCCCGCAGUUUGUCAGAGCUGCAUGCACUCAGAUUGAGGCUGGAGGCCGCUGAGGGCACGCUGAGUCAGCAUGUUCACAUCUGCCUUGGAGAUGACGGGAUGCACGACUGUGGUCUCAAGAUUACACAGCUAGAGACCGUGCAACGUGAUGUAGACUUGAUACGUGAGGAGUACUUGCGUCUGAAGGAGCGAAUUUUGAAGGAGCUGGAAGGCAUGAACGAUUCGGAUAAAGCCCAGUUCCUCCGCAGUGAGGUUGGAGUCAUCGACCAACGACUCACCAGUCUGGAGAGCAGCUCAUCAGCUUACCUGCAGCGACUGCAGGCUCUGAGGGACCUGCUGGAGAGUGUGGCACAGGCUGAAGACAUAGUGAAGGUUCAUGAGGCGAGACUGACAGAGAAAGAGACCACUUCUCUGUCGCCAAGUGAAGUGGACGACUAUAUGUUGACUCUGCAGAAUAUUAAGGCAGAUUUGGAUGAGAAGAAGGAUAUCCUGACCUCCAUGGAGGCAGAGCUCACUAAGGUGAGCCACUGGAAUGACCAGGUGGGCGGGCCCUUCCACAGGUGUGACAUGAUGCUGUCCAAAUACACUGAGCAGGUGGGCUUGCUGUCAGACCGCUGGAGACGCAUCCAGGGACAGAUUGACACCAGACUCCAGGAUUUGCAGUUGUAUCUUCCUCAGCUGCAGCACUACCAGCAAACCAGUACCUCCUUCGUUGACUGGAUUGAUGUCACACGUAAAAAACAGGACACCUUGCAGGCCACCAAAAUAGACAGCGUUGAAGCUCUGAAAGACCAUAUAAACAACCAGAAGGCACUGAACUCAGAAAUCAAAGUGAAGAGGGAGACAUUAGAAAGUGUGCUGAAGGACAAUGAAGCCUGUGUGAACUCCAUCAAGGACUAUGAAACGGACCUUGCCUCUUACACCUCUGGUUUAGAGACUUUGCUCAACAUCCCCAUCAAGAGGACAAUGCUGAAAUCACCAGUAAUGGAUCUUAAUCAAGAGGCUACUCAUAUGCAGACCCGUUACAUGGAGUUGCUUACCCUGUCUGGUGACUACUACAAAUUCCUGGGAGAGCUGCUCAAAAACAUGGAGGAGCUCAAGAUUCGUAACACCCGGAUUGACCUGUUAGAGGAAGAACUUCGCCUGUUGAAAGAGGAUAUCCAAGACUACAAUGCCAAGAACAAAUCCCUGGAAGACGACGUUGUACGAUACCAGCUGCAGCUGUCCCAGUCACAGGAAAAGCUGCUGUCAAUGGAGGAAGUGAAGCAAAACACGGUUCUGCAGUGCAGUGCCACCAAGAGCACCCUAGACAGCACUCAGGACCAGCUGGCAGAACUCAGCGAUCAGGUGACACAUCUCAACUACUUGCUCGAGGAGGAAAAGAGGAAGAAGAGGUUGGCAGAGGAGCGCUACACUCAGCAGCAGGAGGAGUACGAGUCAGUGCUGAAGAAGAGGGAGACAGAGCUGGAGACUGUCAGCUGGUCCAAGAUAGAGGUGGAGAAGAGUGUGGCAAGUAAAGACCAUGAGAUUGAACAGCUGCGGCGGCAGCUGGAUGAGGAAGCAGCGAGGAUCGAGGAGCUGCAAAAGGAGAUUUCAAAGGUAAGGAGCCAUUGCAGUGCGGAGAUCAAUAACAUAAAACUCAGUUAUGAAUCCCAGAUCCAUGUCAGUCGCAUGAACAUCCAGAAGCUGACAACUCAGAGGGAGGAGGAUUCAGCUGAGCUCCAACUCCAGUAUGACAAGAUGGAGACAGAGAGGAAGAAUCUGGAGGAGGAGCUCAGGAGGCUCAGGAUGUCUUUCGACCAGACUGAGGAACAAAGGAAGAGGGCAGAGGAAGAAACUCACAGUCAAUGCUUGGUUAUCACAGAGGAAGCACGCAGGAGGAGAGAACUAGAAAGUCAGGUUGAGUUGCUGAUUAGGCAGAGAGACGAGGAAAGCAGCCAGUACAGGGAGGAGCUGGCUGAGGUCAUGAAGAGCCUGCAGGAGAAGAGUGAGCAGCUGGCCUAUGUCACACACAGUCUAGAUGAGGAGACCCGCAGGAGGAGAACCACAGAGGAAGGGCAGGAUGUGCUUGAACGGAGUUUGUCCCAGCUGCAGGUGAAGCUAACUAGUUCAUCAGUGGCUGUGACCCAGCUGAGGGAUUGCGAGGAUGAGCUUCAGAAGGUGCGUUCGGAGCUGGAGAGAGAGAGCAGGGACCGAAGCAGAGUAGAACAGAACAUGAGCAGGGUACAGGGGCGCAUCAAGGACCUUCAAGCUGUGAGAGAUGGGCUGGAGAGCCAAUUGGAGAAUCUGAGGAAAGCCAACCAAGAGGAAGUUGCCAGAAGAAGGCAGCUGGAAACAGAACUUGAAACCACCACUAUAACCAUGAAAGAGUACAGCAGUACCAUUGCUGUACUACGCCAGAGCCAAGAACAAGCCAGCAUGUCAGAAAAGAGAGGUGAAGGAGAACGUCUCAGGUUGCAGGAGGAGCUGGAGAGAAGCCUGAAACAAAACAAGACCUCUGCAGAACACAUGACACAGCUGAGCGCUGAGCUGAAGACCCUGCAGCAACAACUCCUCCAGGAGCAGACACGAAUCAAAGAGGCAAACCUCCGAAACGAGGGUCUUUACAGAACUAUAGAGGAGAAAAGUAAGGCACUGAAUGAGAACUCUGUUGAGCUCCAAAGGCUGAAAGAGAUGACAGAAACCCAGACCAAAGAGAGGCUGAGGCUGGAGGAGGAGCUAAGGGCAGCACGACAUGAUAAAGAGGAGAUCAUGACAUCCAAAAAGGAAAAUGAUGAUGAUCUCUCCUCCCAAAUCACUGCUCUGGAGCUACAGCUGCAGGCCAGUGAGCGCCACAAUGUAGACUACCGCAACCUGGUCUCUGAGCUCUCCUUGGAGAAGGAGAAACUCAGGCUGGAGACUGAGAAAAUACGAAAGAAAGCCACUGAGACAACAGCCGCCAUGCAAUCCAUUCAGAUCCAAUACAGUGAGAUUGUGGAGGAGAGAGAUGCUCUGUUGCUGAAGCUGCAGUUGUUAGAAAAGGACAAAGAUCGCUUCCAAAUGCUAGAGGAGGAACUCAGUCGCAUUAAACUAUCCUUAGAGUCUGAGCUUUGCAACAAGCAAUGUAUACAGGAGGAGAAUGAGAGAGUGAAGACAGAUUUAAGUUACUGGAAGGACCAGCAUGAUUGUAAGCAGGGCCUGAUCACGCAAUAUGAAACAGACAAGGAAUGUCUGGAGAGGGAAAAGAACUCUUUGAAAAGUGAGAUAGAAAGGUUGAUGAGGGAACUAAAGGAGCUUGAGGAGACAUAUAGAAGUAAGUUGACACUCCUCCAGGAAGAACUGAGAGAGCUGAACAUUGUCAGACAAACAAUUGAGAAUGAGCUGAAGAGCGCUAAAGAGCCCCCCCCCUUAGAUGGCUCCGCUGUGAUUUUUGAUGGCGUCCGCAAGCCAGUCACAGCAGACCAGUUGCUUGACUGUGGUGUUUUGGAUGAACCAACACUCAGCCAGCUUUUGAAGGGGCAUAAGACUGUUCCUGAGGUGUCUGUUGAGAAAAAGGUCAAUCUAAAGGGGACAGGCCCAAUAGCUGGGGUGAUAAUUGAAAGUCCAAAGGGUCCAGGGUCCUUUACUGGAACCCUAUGCAAAAUGACUCUCACUGAAGCCAAGAAAGAAAAUCUCCUGCCAUCAGAUAGCGUUGACCUGCUACUGGAUGCUCAGGCUGCCACAGGCCACAUCAUUGACCCCAGAACUAAUCAGAAGUUUACAGUUGAAGAGGCAUGUAAUCAAGGUGUGGUUGAUGAAGAGGAUCGAGAGAGGUUGCUAGCAGCAGAGGCUGCAGCUGUUGGAUAUAGUAGUCCUGGUUCAAGCAAACCCCUUUCAGUAUUUCAGGCCAUGAAGAAUGGAAUGAUUGACAAGAACACAACACUGCGCCUGCUACAGGCCCAGGAGUCCGUGGGGGGCAUUUUAGAUCCCAUACUCAGUGUGUUCCUUCCCAAAGACACAGCCAUUGAGCGUAAUCUAAUUGAUGAUGACAUAUAUCGUGCUCUCAAUCUGAGGCCUGAGCUCUACCUGGACCCAGAAAUUGAGGAUGGUGUAACCUAUAUGUCAAUGAAGAGGAGAUGCAAGGUAGAUCCAUACACAGGCCUUCUGCUUCUUCCUGUACCUGAGAAGCUAGACUCCUCCAAACUCAUCUUUGAUGGUGUUCGGAAACCUGUCGCAGCCAAGCAGUUGCUUGAUUGUGGUGUCCUGGACAAGCCAACAUUUAAAGACCUAGAAAAGGGGAAGAAAACUGUCCUGGAGGUAUCUGUAGACAAAAAAGUCAAUCUUAAGGGGACUGGGCCGAUUGCUGGGGUUGUAGCUGGGAUUAAAGGCAAAAUGUCUUUGUCAGAAGCAAAAAAACAAAAUCUCCUGCCCCUAGACAGUGCAGAUUUGCUACUGGAAGCCCAGGCUGCAACAGGCCACAUCAUUGACCCCAGAAACAAUCAGAAGCUGACAGUAGAGGAGGCAUGUGCCAGAGGGGUGGUGGACAUUAGGGAUCGAGACAGACUAUUGGCAGCAGAGGCUGCUGCUGUGGGCUACAAAGAUCCUAGCACAGCCAAGCCUCUUUCAGUAUUUGAGGCUAUGAUGAAGGGACUAAUUGACAGGAAGACUGCGCUACGUCUGCUGCAGGCCCAGGACUGUGUGGGAGGCAUUCUAGAUCCCAAUCUCAGUGUGUUCCUCUCUGAAAACACAGCUAUCAAGCACAAUCUUUUGGAUGAAAACCUCCGUCAAGCUCUAAACCAGAGUCCUGUGUGUUAUCUUGACCCAGAAACUGAGCAUCAUGUGAGCUAUGGGGCUUUGAAAAAAAGAUGCAAGACAGAGCCUCACACAGGUCUGCUACUUUUGCCAAUCACUGAGAGGAAAGACCCUUCCAAACUGAUGUUUGAUGGUGUCCGCAAGCCAGUCUCAGCACAGCAGUUGCUUGAGUGUGGGGUCCUUGACAAGCCUACAUUUAACCAGUUAGUGAAAGGGGAGAAAACUGUCCCAGAGGUGUCAGUGGAUAAGAAGAUCUUUCUGAAGGGGACAGGAUCAAUUGAUGGUGUAGCAGCUGGACCUUUAGGGAAAAUGUCCUUAUCAGAAGCCAAGAAACAGAUGUGCAUGCCCCUACACAGUGCAGAUUUGCUGCUGGAUGCCCAGGCGGCAACUGGCCAUAUCAUUGACCCCAGCACCAAUCAGAAGCUCACAGUAGAGGAGGCAUGUGAAAGAGGAGUGGUGGACAUUAGUGAUCGAGAUAGACUAUUAGCAGCAGAAGCUGCUGCAGUGGGCUACCAGGAUCCUAGCACAGCAAUGCGUCUCUCAGUGUUUGGAGCCAUGAAGAAGGGAAUAAUCAACAGGAAAACUGGGCUACGCCUGCUGCAGGCCCAGGAGUCUGCAGGGGGCAUUCUAGAUCCCAACCUCAGUGUGUUCCUCCCUAAAGACACAGCUAUAAAGCACAACCUUUUGGAUCAAGACCUCUGUCAUGCUCUAAACCAGAGUCCUGUGUGUUACCUUGACCCAGAUACUGAUCGUAAUGUCAGCUAUGGGGCUUUAAAGAAAAGAUGCAAAACAGAAUCUCACACAGGUCUGAUGCUUCUACCAAUCACUGAGAGGAAAGACCCUUUCAAACUGAUGUUUGAUGGUGUCCGCAAGCCUGUCUCAGCACAGCAGUUGUUUGAGUGUGGAGUCCUUGACAAGCCUACAUUUAACCAGUUAGUGAAAGGUGAGAAAACUGUUACUGAGGUGUCUGCAGAAAAGGUGGUCUAUCUGAAAGGAACUGGACCUAUUGCUGGGGUGGCAGCUGGACGUCAAGGAAAAAUGUCUUUUUCAGAGGCCAAGAAGCAUAAUCUCCUGCUCUCCCAUAGUGCAGAUUUGCUACUGGAAGCCCAGGCUGCCACAGGCCACAUCAUUGACCCCAGAACCAAUGAGAAGCUGACAGUUGAGGAGGCAUGUGCCAGAGGAUUGGUUGACGUUAACGAUCGAGACAAAUUAUUGAAAGCAGAGUCUGCUGCUGUGGGCUACAAGGAUCCUGGCACAGCCAAACCUCUUUCAGUGUUUGAGGCCAUGAAGAAGGGACUAAUUGACAGGAAGACUGGGUUACGCCUGCUGCAGGCCCAGGACUGUGUGGGAGGCAUUCUAGAUCCAAACCUCAGUGUGUUCCUCCCUAAAGACACAGCGAUCAACCGUAACCUUUUGGAUGAAAACCUCCGUCAAGCUCUAAACCAAAGUCCUGAAUGUUACCUUGACCCAGAUACUGAGCGUGAUGUCAGUUAUGGGGCUUUGAAGGUAAGGUGCAAGUCAGAGCCUCAUACAGGUCUGCAAAUUCUGCAAAUCUCUGAGAAGUUUGACUCCUCCAAACUGAUCUUUGAUGGUGUCCGUAAGCCAGUCACAGCACAACAGUUGCUUGAUUGUGGGGUUCUGGACAAACCAACAUUUAACCAACUAAUGAAGGGCGAGAAAACUGUCCCAGAGGUAUCCUUGGAUAAACAGGUUUUCCUGAAGGGAACCGGGUCAAUUGCUGGGAUUGCAGCUGGACCUCUGAAGAAAAUGUCCUUUACAGAGGCAAAGAAACAAAAAAUUAUGUCUUCUGAUAGUGCUGAUAUGCUACUGGAUGCUCAGGCAGCCACAGGUCACAUUAUUGACCCCACAACUAAUCAGAAACUGACAGUAAAGGAAGCAUGUGCCAGAGGAGUAGUGGAUAAGAAGGAUGAAUCAAAGUUGUUAGCAGCUGAGGCUGCUGCUAUAGGUUACCGAGACCCAAAUACUGCCAAGCUCCUGUCAGCUGGCCAGGCCAUGAAGAAGGGAUUAAUUGACAAGGAUACUGUUCUACGAAUACUUCAGGCUCAAGAGUCUGUAGGGGGUAUUUUGGACCCUGCCCUCAGUGUAUUCCUACCCAAAGACAUUGCAAUGGAUCGGGAUCUCAUUGAUGAGGACCUAUACCAGACCCUGAAUCAGAGUCCUGAGUGCUAUCUGGACCCAGACACCCAACAAACAGCUAGCUAUGUGUCUCUGAAGAGAAAAUGCAAAGCAGACCCAAGCACCGGAAUUUUGCUUCUCCCUGAACCAAAAAAGCCAAUAACUGUCUCAGGGCUCAGGGACCAGGUGUCAGUCAUAGAUCUGGUGGAUGCAAACCUGCUCGAACAGUCUGAUAUCGACCAACUGAGGGAGGGUAGAUUAACAAGCCAGGACAUUGAAGACCGCCUGCGCCCCUACCUGAAAGGUUCCACCUGCAUAGCAGGAGUUUAUGAUGAAGCCAGUGAUAAGGUGAAGCCCAUCUAUCAGGCCAUGAAAGAUGGACUGUUGCGACCUGGGACCACUCUGGAACUGCUUGAAGCACAAGCUGCCUCAGGUUUUAUAGUUGAUCCUGUCAACAACCUUUACCUGAGUGUAGGUGAUGCCUACAAUAAAAAACUGUUUGGGCCAGAGUUCAAGGACAAACUGCUAUCAGCAGAGAGGGCUGUGACUGGUUACAAACUGCUUGGUACAGAAAACAUUAUUUCCCUCUUCCAGGCCAUAGAGAGAGGUUUAGUGGAGAAAGGUCAUGGCAUCCGUCUACUAGAGGCUCAGAUUGCCAGCGGUGGUAUUAUUGAUCCUCAACAUAGUCACCGUAUUGAUGUAAAUGUAGCCUACAAGAGAGGUUACUUUGAUGAGGAAAUGAACAAGAUCCUGACUGAUCCGGGUGAUGAUACUAAGGGCUUCUUUGACCCUAACACAGAGGAAAACCUAACCUAUCUGGAGCUAAAGAAGCGCUGUAUCACAGAUAAGACUGGCCUUAUCCUUUUGCCAAUCAUAGACAAGAAAAAGCAAGAGUCAACUUCGAAGAACACUCUGAGAAAGAGGAGAGUGGUAAUUGUGGACCCAGACACUAACAAAGAGAUGACAAUACGUGAAGCCUAUGACAAAGGGUAUAUUGACUACGAAACCUUCUUGGAGCUGUCUGAGCAGGAGUGUGAGUGGGAAGAGAUCACUAUCACUGCUCCUGAUGGCUCCAUCCGGUUUUUGAUCCUUGACAGGAAGACUGGGAGGCAGUAUGACAUUUCUGAUCUGCUUGAAAAGAGAGUAAUUGAUCAAUCACUUUUUGAUCAGUACCGCUCGCGUACCAUUUCCCUUACUCAAUUUGCAGAUGUCAUCACCAAUAAGACCAAACAUGGAUCGUCAACAUCAUCAUCUUCAAGACUAUCAGCAGCCUCAGGUGCAUCUUCAGUGACAUCAUCAUCUUUAACUUCAAGAACAUCAACAUCUUCAGUUACAUCUUCUGUGACAUCAUCAUCAACUUUAAGAACAUCAGAGGCCUCAGUUCCAUCUUCAAUCACAUCAUCAUCAUCAGUCAUGUCAAGAUCUCUAUCACCUACACUUGCCAAGAUGACCACAACAAAAACUACCACUGUCACAGAGCGAAGCACCGCAAUCGGCAGUGUAGAUCGAGACUCACCUGAUUCCCUUAAGCAAAUAUCCAGUGUUUCUAUUACUCUGGCCUCCCCUGUUGAAACAGUGAGUGACAAAGAACCUGUGGGUGCCAUCUUUGACACAGAGACUUUAGAGAAGAUAACCAUCACUGAGGGUCUAAAUCGUGGUCUUGUGGAUUCCAUCACUGCCCAGAGACUGCUGGAGGCCCAGGCCUGCACUGGAGGAAUCGUCAACCCCACAAAUGGCCGUAAAUUCAGCAUUCAAGAGGCCUCCCGUAUGGGUUUAAUAAAUGACAACAUGGCUACUAAGCUCAAGCCCGCCCAGAAAGCCUACAUUGGUUUUGAGGAUGUAAAAACCAGGAAGAAAAUGUCUGCUGCUGAGGCUAUGAAGGAGAUGUGGCUGCCAUAUGAGGCAGGCCAGAGGUUCAUGGAGUUCCAGAUUGUAACAGGGGGACUUUAUGACCCAGAACUGAACCGUAGAAGAACCAUAGAAGAUGCUUUAAAAAUGGGCUGGUUAGAUGCGAGAGCAGCCCAGAAGCUCCAUGAUAUCAGACAUCACACAAAGAACCUAACAUGCCCCAAAACCAAACUUAAGAUCUCUUACAAGGAAGCUCUCGACAAUUGCCUGGUGGAGGAAAACACUGGGGUGAAAAUGCUACAGGCAUCAUCUGUAUCUUCCAGAGGCAUCAGCAGUCCCUACAACGUCUCCUCUGCCCCUGGAUCCACCACAGGCUCAAGGAGUAGCUCAAGACUAAGCUCUCGCAGGAGCAGCGUGGACUUAGGCUCCCCCACCUCCUUAGUAAGCAGUCGCUACAGUCACAACAGCCGCACCACCUUCUCCUCCAGAUCCAUUAAAUAAACCAAAAAAAAAAAAAAAAGCCCUGCACAUUGUUAAUGAAUCAGAACCUGUUGGGGUAUUUUGAAUGUUCUGAAAAGAGCUUUUGAAAGAGUGUUUUGUGUACAAGGUGAAAAAUGCAAGUUUGUUUUCAAUUCUUUCUAGGCUUUUAAAAAUGCUAUAGUUCAAAGGAUCAUGAUAAUGAACACUUCAAAGAUAUUUUUUUGUGAAAAUGAACUUAAAUUUUAACGGCAGCCAUCUUAAGGUAUUUGGAUUGAAAAUCAAGUGUAUGUUAAUCUAAUUGUUGCUCCUAGAAUAGGCUUAAAAAUGAUUGCCAUAUUGUUUGUUUGCAUACACAUAUUUCAAAUAUAUUUUCCAAAAUCUCAUUUUUAAGCUUUGCUUUGGUAACAUAAUGGUGUUAUGUUUGCAUUUAUUUUACAUCUAAAAUAGCCUAUGUGCCUAUUUUGUGUGGGGAGGGGUGCAAGCUUGGAUUGCAUAUAUUGGCAUAACUGUAAUUUCGUACCGAAUUUGUUGUUUAUCAAUGGUUUUUUGCUUCCAAUUUUGUAAGUUUCUCAAUAACUCAAAAUAAAGGCUAACCUUUAAGUC